AUGGGUUCGCCAGAGUUUGAGGGCGACUUGCCAUUCGGCUACCAUCUGAAUUUAGAUGAUACUGUUCAACCUCCACCCUCGCCUCAUGGUAUUCCCAUAUUAGACCCAACUGACAGUAAUGUGUUGGGGACUUUCUUCAAUCGCUUGAAUAACUUACAGCCUAAUGACUGGCCUAUGCAGUCUUACGGCAAUGGGCUGCCUUUCAAUGAGAGUUGGAUCAAUCCUGUUGCGCCUAAUCUACUCGGGCAUUCGACAUCUUUCGGGUCACAACCUCCACCUGAUUUGGCCUCGGCAGCCAUAACAGGGCAGUCUCCGGUGAACUUCCAGGAUGGCUUCACAUUUGUACCAACCAUGCCACAUAUGAUACCGCCGCCGCCGCCUCCCGAACUCCCGUUACAACAACAACAGGCCAUGGCAACUCGCAUCCAUCCCCAUCAGCAAUCCCACCUUGACCAAAGAUUAUUGCACGCAAUGGUUGAGCAAAAUGCCCAUACAGACGCAGCCGCCUCCUUAACGACUUUGCAGUCUGGUCAUGCAUAUUCCUACUCACCUAAUAUGGCCAGUAUCAAUAGAUUGCAGCAGUCACCCAUCACACAACCUCCAAGAGACUAUAGAAACUCUCUUUCACAAUCUCAUCCCAUGCAAGGUCAAAAUGCAUUUGUGCGAUCAACAAGAACCAAUGAGCCCGAGACAUUAUUUAGAGACAUGAUGUUCGGAACUCAAGGAUCGACAGCUCAACGUACAGAGGAACGCUCGGAGUUGCAAUGGGGCUCUGAUACCACAUUUGGUAUGUCUCAAGGAUUUGUGCCACCACAGCAUGAAUCAAGUGAAGCUCUUGUGGAAAAGCGGAUGGCUACGAUGAGGGAAGCGUUGCACUUAACUAGUAGUGAUCCAAACACUCGAGCUUCAAGCCCGGCCAUGAACGAUGAAGUAGCUACUCAGGCGCUCCUCGAGAACAGCAACGGGAAUAAUAAAGUGCAAGGAAAUCCAGCAACACAUAAUAAGAAGCGGAAGACCAAGCCCAAGAUUGAAGAAGAGGACGAAGUGGAGGAUAAAGUACCAAUUCCGCAAAAGCCUAUAACGAAGAAGCGUAAAUCUGGAAUUGAUUUGAAUGAGUUGCCUGGCUCAUCCUUAACACAGGAAGUGGCCGGAAAACGUCGGAAGUCAGGACCGAACCAACCCAAGCCACCGCGUGAAAACUUAACCGAGGCACAGAAGAGAGAAAAUCACAUCAAAAGCGAGCAAAAAAGACGACUUGCUAUCAAAGAGGGAUUUGAAGACCUUGCCUUCAUUAUUCCGAACCUACAGAACGGUGGCUAUAGCAAAAGCACCACGCUGAAUAUGGCAGGAGAAUGGAUUGAGUCUCUCAUAGAGGGCAAUCAGAAGCUGAAGCGAAUAUUGUCGCCUUUUGAUGGCGAGGAGGAAGCGGAAGCAGGUGAGGAUAUUGCGCCUUGA